AAGAGAGAGGAGAAGAGAGGCAAGAGUGGUAACUUCUCCGAGAUGGUGAGAGCUCCUUGCUGUGAGAAGAUGGGUCUGAAGAAGGGACCAUGGACAGCAGAAGAAGACCAGGUUCUGGUUGCCUACAUACAGCAGCAUGGUCAUGAGAACUGGCGCGCUCUCCCCAAACGAGCAGGGCUGCUGAGGUGUGGGAAGAGUUGCAGGCUUCGGUGGACGAACUAUCUCCGUCCUGAUAUCAAGAGAGGGAACUUUACCAAGGAAGAAGAGGAGGCCAUCAUCAAAUUGCAUGAAAUGCUUGGCAAUAGAUGGUCAGCAAUCGCAGCGAGGCUGCCUGGAAGAACAGACAACGAGAUCAAGAAUGUAUGGCACACCCACCUGAAGAAACGAGUCAAACCGAAUCAGACAGUCCAAGAAUCCAAGCGAAGGAGCCGAAGUGAUGUAGAAGCAACACGGUCAGGUGCUAAAGCCAUCGACUUUCAAGCAUUACAAGCUGCAACGCGACCAAAAUUAGAGAGCCCGACUCCUCUUCCUGUGUCCCUAGAACAGUCCUACAGCGAGAUCUCAUCCUCUGUCACCAUUUCGUCUAAUAAUAAGAGGGGAGAAACUAACAGUGCAGGGAUUAAGGAAGAAGUUGUGGUUUCUUCAGCUCAUCAAUUCUCAGACAUUGAUCAGAACUUCUGGUUGGACGAUUCCUUCGCGUCAUUCUGCUCAUCCAGUAACAAAGAUGAUGAUGGAAUAGACUUUUGGUUGCAGGUGUUCAUGGAAGCUGGACACCUCGAGGAAUUGCCUGAGAUCUGAAAUCACAGGAAUUUCACACUUUUCAUUUACAUUUUCUACUGAUGUAAGGUUAGCACCUGAAAACAGAGAUGUUUUGUAGAUAAUUUCUUUUGUCAUUUACCACAGGGAGAGACUCAAGAUAGUAUAAUCAUGACAGACUACAGAUGAAAGAGAUCAACAUUUUUAAGGGAUCUUUGAACAAGUGCAAUUUAAUCCAGAGGUCAUUGCUUUUGCCA